AUGGAUGGACCAACAACGUUCUCAGACGAUGGACGAGCAGUCAUCGAGCGCGUUCUCGCAUCAGAAGCAUCGUUACAAUCGUCCAAUACAGAAGCUGCUCAGGUCUGUAAGCUUUAUCAAGUCGAACGGACCAUUGAGCUAGGGCGUCAACAUGGAUUCAAAAGCAUUGCUUUACAGUUCCCUGAUGAAUUGCUGAAUGUUUCAACAUUGAUCGCAAAUCAUCUUCGACGAGCACUCGGUCGAGAUGUGUUUAUUCUGGCCGAUACAUCUUAUGGAAGCUGCUGCGUCGAUGAAGUGGCAGCUGAACAUGCUUCUGCUGAUUUUGUGGUUCAUUACGGAAGAGCUUGUUUAAGCCCAACAAGGAGGCUGCCAGUUCAAUACGCAUUUGGACAAGCCACAAUUAAUCUGGACAAUGUAGUGGAGAAGCUUGAUGAAGUGUUUCAGGGUCAUUCAGACAAGCAUGUACUGCUUAUGUACGAUGUGGUAUAUGCAUACUGCAUUGAUUCGUUAAGGAGUCGACUCUCUGGCAAAGAUUGGCCAAAUCUAGUCAUAUCAACCGUCGACUCUGAACGGUUGACCAAUGAUACAAAUGUACAGAGUGGCAGGCAGUACACUCUGACUAAGGGAACAAGCAGCAAUGAUUAUACCCUGUUUUAUAUCGGUGGCGAGAGUUUGACUCUGACCAAUAUCAUUAUAACGCAUCCUUCCUGUCCAGUGAUUGCAUACAAUCCUGAUACCCAACAAUGUCAACCUCAGUCCUCUCAAGUCAAUCGCUUAUUGAAUCGAAGGUUUCAUUUUAAAGUUUACCAACGCGAAUAUUUCGAGUCCCCUGUUUUAAGACCUGCAUUCGUGACUAGGUAUUUCAUGUUGCAAAAGGCUAAAGAUGCAGACGUGUUUGGAAUUGUAGUUGGAACACUUGGAGUUGCAUCUUAUUUGCCAGUCAUCGACCAUCUCAAAUCGCUCAUUGCUUCGAGAUCAAAGAAGUCAUAUACGCUGGCUGUUGGCAAGCCGAAUCCAGCGAAACUGGGGAAUUUCAUGGAAAUUGAAUGUUUCGUCUUGGUAGCAUGCCCUGAAAACUCAUUGAUUGAUUCGAAAGAGUUUUUGAGACCUAUAGUCACACCCUUUGAGCUGGAGUUGGCUUUAACGAGUAGUGAAGAAUGGGUUGGACGGGAUUUAGCAUAUGUCACGGAUCUGGAAGUGAUGAGGGAGCGACUAGAACAGGAUUUGACUGUCGCGAAGGAUACCAAUGGUGGUGGUGAUGAAGUACGAGAGGAUGAUGAUGGCGAAGGUGGUGCUGCUCCUCACUUUUCGCUUGUUACUGGUAAGUACAAGCAAGCUAAAACAUAUAUUGCUUCAUCAUCACAUCAGCCAGCCAAAGAUGGUGCAGUGGACGAUGAUUCUACUAUGGUGUUGAGGAAUCAGAAUACGGCCUUGACCGUCAAUUCUGGAAGUAGUGCUGCUGUAGAGUAUCUACAGCAACGGACGUAUCAAGGAUUGGAUGCUCGUAUAGGGCAGACUGAAGCAGGAGAUGUGAUUGAAGGGCGGUCUGGAAUAGCGAGAGGGUAUGUGGGCGAAGCUGAAAAAUUGGAGCACUGA